GGCGGCUUUCCCCACUAUUUUUCAGCAUAGUCCGGCGUACUAGUCUACUUAGGAAUCAACUGGGGUGGGCUUAGUUCUCGAUUGAAUCGAGGAAAUCCUGUGGCGGGCGGGGAGGGGGGAAUUUUUCCUGUGAAGUGAGAUUUGAUGUGUGACAGUUGAUCAUUGUGCUGGUGGUUGUUCUUCACAACUUACCAGUCACCUGGAUUAUGGAUGGAUUUGUUUCACCUUUACCGGAAUGGGAAGCUCGUUCAUUGUCUCGAGAUCCAUGUGAGCACAUGGGACAGUCCCAGAAAGGACCAAAUUCGGGAUCAACAAAGGAAAAAAAGCCGCCUAUCUUUUCCUAAACGGUGUGGUCCCACCCGCCCCAGAAUGACAAAUACCUUAAUUUGCUGGCCAAUCAUCGGAGGCUCACGUCAUGCGGUCCAGGGAUGGUUGACUGAUCACUGCAACUGUACUCCAUCCUCGAUUAAAUUAAAUCUAUUCUAUUCUGUACUCGGUUUACUUUUGGUUUGUUCGCUUGGUAAGAGACACCUUCAGCUCGUGGUAUCUGCCGAUCUGCUCCAUGUGUUUGUGCCUUGUCAUAUUGGCUGUCAGGUUAUCCAUGGUUGCGAUGGGGCAUAUACUUUGGUAUACAGCUCCAGUGUGACAGCUUUGACAGUAUGGUUUGUCCACUUUCGAGAAGAUCAACACAGCAUCGGAACCAUCAGAGCAGUGAAGCGAAUGCAUUCCACAUGGUCGAUCUCUAUCACUUCCUUACCAAAGCUUAAUACUCCCUUCCCAUUGCCCUGGAACAGCCUUCAUCGAGGACAUUCAGAUUGGCCAAUCAAAUAUUUCUCUCUGAUCGGAGAAUUUCCUCCGCUGGCAUUACCAAAUCUACAACAGAUGUGGGUACGAGAGGGACGAUAGUGCUCUAUAGUUCAAAAUGGUUGCUUUUUCCAUCUGAUGUUUUCUUCUGUCGUCCUCCCCACUGGGGACACCAGCACAGCGGCACCGGCCCUGUGCGCAGGAUCCUAGUC